GCAAGGUGGCUCUAUUUGCAGGAUGAAAUAUGGCGACGAACAGCAAAAAAUGUCAACAACACACUACACAGUAGAAAAUGACUGGUACACGUGAAAUAGCUAGAAGCCAAUACUGCACUUUCUAGACGUACAGAUGGAGUUUGCUUGCUUUGAAGAUGGCAUUUUUGCACAAGAAAAAGUUAAGCCGCCACUUCAGAAGCUUGAAUCACAGGGUGCAAAGUUGUGUGAACCCGGGUGGUUCUUGACAGAGAAAAUGUCGUCAGAUCCUCGGGAGCAGCUGCAGGCCUGCCGAUACCGUGCCGACCUCUACUACUCACAGGGAAAGUAUGCGAGUGCACUGGAAGCUUAUGAGCGUGGUCUGGAGAUAGCACCAGCAUCUCAUAACGUGCCGCGCAGAGACAUGAUGGAGGGAGCCGUGCGUUGUAGGCUGGCUCUCAGGAUGGAGUUACCCUCAGCUCUGCAGAUAUGUAACGAGUUGGUGGACGAGGCAAAAGGUGCAGAUCAGAAGCUCGCCUCCCUCACACUACUCUUCAAAGUGCAGCAGGCUCUGCAGAAUUACGAAGACUGCCUAUUCGUGGUGCAGCAGUGCGUGGCACUCUACCCUAACAGCCCCGAAUUCUGGAUCAAGCUGGCGUGGAUGCAUGAGCAACUGUACGCCACCGAGAUGGGUGAGGUGACAAUCUCUGAGAAGGAAUCCGCGACGCUAAGGUGUCUGCAAGAUUUCGAGAUCGCCUCGCUGAGCGAGCUGAGAAUCAAAGAUGUCGCGAGUAUCUUGGACAAGCAGGUGAAGAGCUUAGACGGGGUCGACAAGGUGGUCACCACGGGUCUCGAGUCUGGAUACGCCUCGUGUGAGACGUCCCCCGUCAAUGAGACCGGUUCCGACAUCACGGUUCCCGCGGAGACGGUUGCCACGGAGACCACCAUCAACCAGGUGGACAACAAAGUGGAGACGAACCGCGUGGAACUGGAGAAUGAGAAGAACAGCGACAAAAACAGCGGUGAUGAUGAUGACGUUGAUGUUGAUGAUGACUACAGUGAUGAGCUGGAGCUAGCUAAGCAACUGCUGCAGGCAAAAGAUCUGCUAGUGUGUGCUUGUCUGCUGCGUGCCAGGGUGCUGCUGAGGAGUUGCGUGCCGGCAGCGGAGUCGUUCGCGCAUGGGCGGCACGAGGCGAUGCAAGAACAGGUGGCGCUGCAAAUCAGCCGUCUCACUGUCAGCAAGCAGUUCAUUGGCAUCGCGGCCGCGAUUAUUGAGCAAGAAAUGGGAUUAGAGAAGGGUGACGACUGCCUGCACGUGAGCGGCACGGAAGCACAGCGGUACGCCUUCCAGCAGAAGUUUGAGAAUCGCUGGUUCUCGUGGGUGCAGCAGGCUGCCGUGACAGCCGGCGGGGAGUAGCGGUGCAGACGGGAACAGCCAAGCAUCACGUGUCAUUAUUGGUUGUGUGGGAGACGAGCGAUGUUCGUCGCUCAGGAUUCUCAUUCUCUCGAACGUCCAGCCUCGGACGUAAUGGUUUUACG